AUGAGUGUUCUGUUGAAUAUUCAAAUAUUUUUUUCUAUUACUCAGCAGGGACACUGUACAAUUUGGCUACAGAUUACCUUUUUAUGGAGUUCUGCUUUUGCCAUGAAGCCAGCUCAGUUACCUAUCUCCCGAAGGAAGCCUUUUAUAGCUGCCUGGAAUGCACCAACCGAUCACUGUUCGAUCAGAUACAAUGUGACAGUUAACUUGAACAUGUUCCAUGUGAUUGGCAGCCCAUUUGCCAAAGCAAGAAGACAAAAUGUGACUAUCUUUUAUUUCAACAGGCUGGGAUAUUAUCCAUGGUACACUUCACAGGACGUUCCAGUUAAUGGUGGCUUACCUCAGAAUUUCAGCUUGCAAGCUCAUCUGGAAAAAGCUAGUCAGGACAUUAAUUACUACAUUCCUGAUGAAGAUUUUACAGGCUUAGCAGUCAUAGACUGGGAACAUUGGAGGCCUCAAUGGGAACGCAACUGGAACACAAAAAAUAUUUAUAGGAGACAGUCGAGGAAAUUAAUUUCUGAAAUGCAACAAAAUGUAUCAGCUAAUGCUCUUGAAUAUUUAGCCAAAUUUUCUUUUGAACAAUGUGCUAAAGCUUUCAUGAAGGAGACAAUUCAGCUGGGAAUUAAAAGUAGACCAAAGGGCCUUUGGGGAUACUAUUUAUAUCCUGACUGCCACAAUUAUAAUUUCCAUGAUCAGAACUACACUGGAUCUUGUCCAGAAAGUGAAGUUUUGCGGAACAAUGAACUAUCAUGGCUGUGGAACAGCAGUGCCGCUCUGUAUCCUUCCAUCGGCAUCAAGAAAUCCCUCGGGAACAGUGAAAACAUAUUACGCUUUUCACAGUUUAGAGUGAAUGAAUCUAUGAGGAUUUCCUUUAUGACAUCACAUGAUUAUGCUCUCCCAGUGUUUGUGUAUACUCGAUUAGAUUAUAGAGAUGAACCCUUGCUAUUUCUUUCCACGCAAGAUCUUGUUAACACUAUUGGAGAAAGUGCUGCCCUGGGAGCUGCAGGAAUUGUUGUCUGGGGAGAUAUGAAUUUAACUUCAUCAGAGAUUAACUGCACGAAGGUCAAGCAAUUCAUUGCUUCUGAGCUAGGUGUCUAUAUCAUCAAUGUAACCAAAGCAGCAGAAGUGUGCAGCUGGUAUCUUUGUCAGAACAAUGGGAGGUGCAUCCGAAGAAACUGGAAAGCUUUAGACUACCUUCAUUUAAAUCCACACAACUUUCAGAUAGAGAUUUCAGAAGACCAGGGAUUUACUGUGAGAGGAGAAGCAUCAUCUGAUGACCUUCAAAUAAUGACAGAGAAAUUCACCUGCCAUUGCUAUCAAGGGUUUGAAGGAGCAAACUGUAAGGAAAUUCAAACUGUAGAUGGAAAUCCAGGACUGCCAAGAAACAUAGUCACACAUGGAGUAGUAGUGACAAUCCAUUUGGUUUCCUUAAUCUUUUUAAAUCACUAA